GAGUCCCGAUCCCCCCAAAAGAACGAAACCCUUUUCUUCAAUCCCACCCGCCUGACCAAUAAACCAACAACCAUGGGAAAAAAUGAAUAUCGGGUGAUCGUCCAUUAACAUCCUUUUACAUACACAAGGAAAGUGAAUUUGGGGGAUAUUCAAUGUUCAUAUGCACAUUAUACUUCUGCAGAUAUUCCAGUUUGAAUCAUGGAAGUGCUCCCCCGUUCUGGUAUUCAGUAUGCUGCGGAUUCUGAUUGUGUUCAACCGAUUUCAGAAGCACCUCUUACAUAUGAAAGUGAAUCUAAUUCCUUGGAACAAAAGAACCAAGUUCAAGUAGCAGAUAGUAGGAUGGAUGACUUAUUAAUAACUAAUGAAGAGAAUCAAGCAGGAAGACAAGAUGAAGGUCAAGGCAAAAGGGAUGGAUUACCAAUUUCAGAGGGACACCAUAGUGUAUUUUCAUAUUAUGAUUGUCAGGCAGAAGGCCAAAGAUUAUCUUGCGGAUCACAUGAUGAUGAAUAUGAUGAUUCAAAUGCACAGAAUUGUUGCACCGGGCCUUAUUUGACCUCUGAAAACUCUCAUUUACCCGUUGUCCCCAUCCAGAGUGAGCCACCAAGCAACAACAGGGAGGGAGAAUUGUCUCUUUCAGAACCUAAGUGGUUAGAGCAUGAUGAGUCUGUUGCAUUGUGGGUCAAGUGGAGAGGAAAAUGGCAAGCUGGAAUCAGAUGUGCAAGGGCUGACUGGCCGUUAUCGACUUUAAAGGCAAAACCGACUCAUGAUCGAAAACAGUAUUUUGUGAUAUUUUUUCCUCACACCAGGAAUUAUUCUUGGGCAGACAUGUUACUUGUCCGAUCCAUUAAUGAGUUCCCUGAGCCUAUUGCAUAUAGGACUCAUAAAGUUGGACUAAAAAUGGUUAGAGAUUUGACUGUUGCACGGCGAUACAUACAGCAAAAGCUAGCUGUUUCCAUGCUGAAUAUAAUUGAUCAGUUCCAUUGUGAGGCUUUGAUUGAGACAGCACGUAAUGUGAUUGUCUGGAAGGAAUUCGCUAUGGAGGCUUCACGCUGCAACGGUUAUUCUGAUCUUGGAAAGAUGCUUUUGAAACUUCAAAGUAUGAUGUUGCCACGCUACAUAAAUGCUAACUGGCUUCGAAAAUCUUUUCACUCGUGGGUACAAAAAUGUCAGAAUGCACAUAGUGCUGAAUCCAUUGAAUUGCUAAAGGAAGAAUUGUAUGAUGCUAUAAUAUGGAAUGAGGUCAGGUCUCUUGGGGAUGCAACAGUGCAACCCACACUUGGUUCUGAGUGGAAAACCUGGAAGCAUGAAGUUAUGAAAUGUUUCUCAACUUCUCAUCCUGUAUCUAGUGCUGGAGAUAUCAAGCAACGGAACAGCGAUGGUCCUUCACACACAAGUAUACAAGUUGGCAAGAAGAGGCCCAAGCUUGAAAUCCGUCGUGCAGAGACACAUGCUUCCCAGGUGCUAAGGAAUGAUUCAGAUCAAAUCAUGGCUGUUGAAAUUGACUCUGAUUUCUUUAGUAACCGAGAUGCUGUGGAUGUCAAUCUGCCAACACCAGAACUUUGUAAAAAGGAAGAUGAGAGAGGGGAAACCACACCAAUGAACACGUCAAACACUUCGACUGACAGAUGGGAUAAUAUUGUUGUUGAAGAAAGGGAUUCAGAGCUCUUUCACACCAAAGUUGUUGAAACAACAACUGCAAGUGAAGAGGUCAGGAGUGCCUCAACUCUGCACAGUCAGCCAAAGGAAGUGGAAUUAACACCUGUGAGUGAUUCAGUUGCUAAGAAAUCUGUAGAUGCUUUGAGUAAAAACCGACAGUGCAUAGCAUUCAUAGAGUCGAAAGGAAGGCAGUGUGUGAGGUGGGCAAAUGAGGGGGAUGUUUAUUGUUGUGUGCACUUAGCAUCUCGCUUUACUGGUACCUCUAGCAAAAUGGAAGGGACACCCCUUGUUGAUACACCAAUGUGUGAAGGUAUGACUGUGCUUGGCACAAGAUGCAAGCAUCGGUCAUUAUAUGGUUCCUCAUUCUGCAAGAAACACAGACCUAAAAAUGAUGCAAAUAGUAUCUUCCUUUCUCCAAAGCACACACAAAAAAGGAAACACUUGGAGACCACAUCCUGCAGAGAUAUAGUUUUGGUGGGAGACAGUGAAAGUCCUCUGCAAGUGGAGCCAGUGUCAAUAAUUGAGCCUGAUGUUGCACAGAGAAGAAACAGUUUAAUCGAGAAGCCGGAACAUUCUGGUAAAGAUCAAGAUAGCACAGAAUUGCUGCAUUGCAUAGGCUUAUACUCUCAAAGUGGUUUUGAUCCUUGUCAUGAAAGUCCUAAGAGGCAUUCAUUAUACUGUGAUAAACACCUUCCAAGCUGGCUCAAGCGUGCAAGAAAUGGUAAGAGUAGGAUAGUAUCCAGAGAAGUGUUUGUAAAUCUUUUGAAAGACUGCUAUUCACUUGAGCAGAAAUUGCAUUUACAUCAAGCAUGUGAACUUUUCUACAAGCUCUUCAGAAGUAUUUUUUCUCUAAGAAACCCAGUUCCUGUGGAAGUCCAACUUCAGUGGGCCCUUUCUGAAGCUUCAAAAGAUUUUAGUGUUGGGGAAUUUGUAAUGAAGUUGGUUUACAGUGAAAAGGAGAGACUCCAAAGUUUAUGGGGCUUCACUGACAAAAAAUGUACACCUUCGUCCUCUUUUGUGGAAGAACCUGUUCCCUUGCCAUUGGCCAUCAAUGACAGUUUUGAAGAUGACAAGACUAUUAAGUGCAAAAUGUGCUCAGUGGAAUUUCUUGAUGACCAGCAGCUUGGAACCCACUGGAUGGAGAACCAUAAAAAGGAAGCACAAAGGUUGUUUAGAGGUUAUGCUUGUGCAAUCUGCCUGGAUUCAUUUACUAACACGGAGGUUUUAGAAUCCCAUGUCCAGGAGAGACACCAUGUGCAAUUUGUUGAACAGUGCACGCUUCUCCAAUGCAUUUCCUGUGGCAGCCAUUUUGGCAAUACUGAGGAAUUAUGGCCGCAUGUGCUGUCAGCUCAUCCUGUUGAUUUUAGACGGUCAAAGACUGCUCAACAGCAUAUUCUAUCAGUGGGUGAGGAAUCACCGCUGAAACUUGAGCUCGCUAAUUCCGCUUCUUUGGAGAAUAAUUCAAAGAAUGUAGGCAGUUUUCAAAAGUUUAUUUGCAGGUUUUGUGGCAUGAAAUUUGAUUUGCUGCCUGAUCUUGGCCGUCACCACCAGGCUGCUCACAUGGGACCAAGUUUAGCUAGCUCUCGUCUUCCAAAGAGAGGGGUUCGUUAUUAUGCUUAUAAACUAAAAUCUGGGAGACUAAGCCAUCCUAGAUUUAAGAAAGGUCUGGGGGCUGUGUCAUAUAGGAUCAGGAAUAGGGCAACUGCAACUAUGAAAAAACGCCUCCAGGCGUCAAAGUUGAUGGACCCUGACAUCAUUAGUGCAGAGCCUCAUGUAACGGAAGCAUCAAAUCUUGGUAGAUUAGCAGAACCACAAUGCUCAGCCCUUGUAGAAAUAUUAUUCUCCAAUAUUCAUAAAGCAAAGCCGCGACCUAAUAAGUUAGACUUUCUUUCUAUUGCUCGCUCUUCUUGUUGCAAAGUGAGCCUGAAGGCCUCAUUGGAGGAGAAGUAUGGCAUGUUACCAGAACGUGUGUACCUUAAGGCAGCUAAGCUUUGCAGUGAGCAUAACAUUCACGUCGAGUGGCACCAAGAGGAAUUUACAUGCACAAAUGGAUGUAAGUCUGUCAAGGACCCAGAGGUUCUGUCCCCAUCAAUUCCUCUAGCUAAUUGUUUUAGAGGUCGCCUAUCAGCUGAUUCCCUGGAUAAUGUAGACAAAGAGUUGGAAUUGGAUGAGUGUCACUAUAUCAUUGGUUCACAGCAUUUUAAACAAUGGCCCAUGCACAAGGCCAGUGUCUUGUGUGAUGAUUUAAGCUUUGGAAAAGAAUCAGUUCCAGUAGCUUGUGUAGUGGAGGAAGGUCUUUUGGAUUCCCUUUACUUCUCUGGGGAUAGUUCAAAAGGUCAAAAUGCUAAAUCCUGCAUGCCUUGGGAGAACUUUACAUACAUUACGAAAUCUUUGCUUGAUCAGUCCCUUGAUCUUGAUUUUGAGGGUUUGCAACUUGGGUGCACUUGUUCCAAUUCAACAUGCUGUCCUGAGACAUGUGAUCAUGUAUACCUCUUUGAUAAUGAUUAUGAAGAUGCAAGAGACAUAUACAGGAAACCCAUGCGUGGCAGAUUUCCUUAUGAUGACAGAGGUCGAAUUAUCUUGGAGGAGGGCUACCUUGUCUAUGAAUGCAACCACAAGUGUAGCUGUAGUAGAGCAUGCCCAAAUAGAGUUUUGCAAAAAGGAGUACGAGUAAAACUGGAAGUCUUCAAAACAGAGAAUAAGGGCUGGGGAGUCAGGGCUGGUGAACCAAUUCUGAGUGGCACAUUUGUCUGUGAGUACAUUGGGGAGAUCUUAAGCGAGCAAGAAGCAAACAAUAGGCUUACCAGGUAUGAUAGAGACAUUUGCAAUUACAUGUUUAAUGUUGAUUCUCGCAUCAAUAUUAUGAUCCGAUGGAUUGAAGGACAAGCAGGAUAUGUUAUUGAUGCAUCCAAAUAUGGAAAUGUUUCCAGGUUCAUCAAUCAUAGUUGCUCACCAAAUCUUGUGAAUCAUCAAGUUCUUGUGGACAGCAUGGAUUGUAAUCAAGCUCACAUUGGUCUCUUUGCUAGUCAAGAUAUAUCUAUAGGUGAAGAGCUGACUUUUGACUAUCGAUAUGAACUGCUGUCUGGACAAGGAUAUCCAUGUCAAUGUGGAGCUUCUACAUGCCGAGGGCGCCUUUACUGAAUCGUCAUGGAAAUGGAGUUCUGCAGUGUCCAUACAGAUCAUACAACCUGCUGCAUGGAAUUUUCGACCAAGCCAGAUUGUACCUAUGGUAGAUCUUUCAAACGGGAAGGAAGAAAGCAGUGUAUUUGGCGCAUCUCUUUUUUAAACUCUUCCCUGUCCCCCAAUUCUUCUUUCUUUAGUAGCGUAGUCCACUUUCUGGUGGGGCUUGCUGUCGAAAAUUUCCUGCCUUUUGGUUCCCGUUGGAGUUCUUAGGUUUGAUAGCUUAGACCAGGGAUGUUAGACAACUUUUGUGAUGCAUGAAGUGCCUCGAUCCUUCUAUGUGACAUUCUCUGUAGUUUGCUUUCCAUUGUAUAAAGUUUGAGCAUUCUUAUCGCGCCUUGGCUUCAUUAAGGGCACCUAUGCAGUUGGGAAAGUAAAAGAAAUUUUCAAA